GGGCGGCGGCGGACCGCCCAGGCCGUCGAAGGGCUCGGGAGGCCCGUGGGCCAAGUUAGGCCGCGCGGCGCAGCCAUGCCUGGCUUUACGUGCUGCGUGCCGGGCUGCUACAACAACUCGCACCGGGACAAGGCGCUGCACUUCUACACGUUCCCCAAGGACGCUGAGCUGCGGCGGCUGUGGCUCAAGAACGUGUCCCGCGCCGGCGUCAGUGGGUGCUUCUCCACCUUCCAACCCACCACGGGCCACCGUCUCUGCAGCGUCCACUUCCAGGGCGGCCGCAAGACCUACACGGUGCGUGUCCCCACCAUCUUCCCGUUGCGUGGCGUCAAUGAGCGCAAAGUAGCGCGCAGACCUGCGGGAGCCGCAGCCGCCCGCCGCAGGCAGCAACAGCAACAGCAGCAGCAGCAGCCGCAGCCGCAGCCGCCGCCGCCGCCGCCAUCGCCAUCGCCGUCGGCCUCCACUGCCCAGACUGCCCAGCUGCAGCCGAAUCUGGUGUCUGCCUCGGCGGCCGUGCUCCUCACCCUUCAGGCCGCUGUGGACAGUAGCCAGGCUCCAGGAUCCGUACCCCCGGCACCCACCACUCCCACCGGAGAAGACGUGAAGCCCAUCGACCUGACGGUGCAAGUGGAGUUUGCAGCUGCAGAGGGCGCCGCAGCCGCCGCGUCGGAGCUGGAGGCUGCUACCGCAGGGCUGGAGGCCGCCGAAUGCCCUAUGGGUCCCCAGUUGGUGGUAGUGGGGGAAGAGGGCUUCCCUGAUAGUGGCUCCGACCACUCGUACUCGUUGUCGUCAGGCACCACGGAAGAGGAGCUCUUGCGCAAGCUGAAUGAGCAACGGGACAUCCUGGCGCUGAUGGAGGUGAAGAUGAAGGAGAUGAAGGGCAGCAUCCGCCACCUGCGUCUCACCGAGGCCAAGCUGCGUGAAGAGCUCCGGGAGAAGGAUCGGCUGCUGGCCAUGGCUGUCAUCCGCAAGAAGCAUGGAAUGUGAACGGGUUCCCCUGUGGCCUGUGGGACUCCUGGACCUUUGUCAGCCCAGGGGGACUUAAGGCUGCUGAUGAACUCCCCCAGACUCUUAGGGUACUGGUUGACAAUAAUGGGGCUUAAGGCAGCUGGACUCUUUUGCUGGUGACCUGGUACCUUUACUUGUUUCCUCCUGAAGCAGGUGUCUGGGGUCUCAGACUCUGUACUGGUGACACCAGCAAUUAUGACUUGGUCCUCCCCCCAGUUUACAUUGUGGAUUCUGGUUAAGCAGAGGCUUCAGAACCGCUGAACUUGAAACUUACCCCCUAGGGAUGCAGAUGGAAAUCCCAGGGACUGUGGGCUUGGGAAGACAAUACCUUGAGGUUGGCCAGCAAUCAGAGACAACUCUUCUGUGUGUGGCGAUAAGAGAUCCAAGUAACAUCAGUUCUCUUCCUCCUUUUCUUGCUUUUCCUUCCCAGAUGCAGCAGCCUGUGAUUUGGAUGGGGACUGGCACAUCUGUGCCUCUCUGACUCCUAGUACUUCCCUCCUCAAGAGGUGGUCUGUGAGGGGAUCUGGAUGACCUGCUUGCCAGAUCAGGGAGAGCCAGCUUGCCAGGGACUUAGGUUUAUCCUGUUAUGUUUGCUACUGGUUACAAAUUCUAUUUUCUGUACAAUUAGUCAGACUAAAGUUUUCACUGUGUUUGUUUGGUAAAACGAAUUAAACAGAAAGUAAGGUUUUUAUUUGAGUUUGUGGUUUUACUUUUAGGAAGACUAAGUGUCUCUGAACUAUAGGGAAAUAGGUCUCAGCCUUAGGUGUGAGGACCAGGCUGACCCUGAGAGUGGAGAUGCUUCAGUGAUCAGGCCCUAAGCAUAUAGACCCUGGCCCUCAUAAGAUUGGAGCCCUGGUGGUGCAGUGGUUAAGAGCU